AUAGGUCUGCUUCGGUCAGACCUUUAAUUGAGUCUUAAUUGCGUUGAGAGGUUAAAAAUACACGCCUCUUUUUUCUGUCUCUUGACAUCAGGCUAUUUCUUCUAAACCCAAAACAAAUUUCAUCGUCUCUCUCUUCAAGGAUCAAGCAGCCGCCGAAUGUUUUUCUGGCUAAGUCACCAAGGUGAAAGAUGGCUGCUAAUGUCCAAAAAUUCCGAACACUAUCAAUCUCUAUGAAUCACUGUCUCAAGUCAAGAUUGCUCUUGCAUCAUUAUCGCCUCUUGCACCAUGGUCCAGACACUGUGGAGGAACUAUUGGAUAGACACGUGGUAAAAAAGGAGAAGAGCCUAGAUGAUGACGAGAAUGAGCGCCUAACUAGACAGCGACUCACUAGUUCUCGUCGCGAGGCUCUAAGUCUCUACCGAGACAUCCUCCGGGGCACCCGGUUCUUCAUGUGGCCCAACUCUCAAGGCAUCCUUUGGCGGGAUGUUCUCAGAGAAAAUGCCCGAAAGGAGUUUGAGGAGGCACGAUUCGAAAGAGAUCCAGAAGUCAUCACCAGAUUGCUUAUUGGAGGUCAUGAUGCUGUGCAAGCUGCUUUGGAUAAGGUUGUCGAGAAACAAAAGCAAGAAAUUGAAAAGCAACGUCGUAAUUCAAAUACUCCUUGAUAUUCUGGAAGUUACAAUUAGUAGAACGUCAUUACAUUGGAAUAUAAAUGCAUAACCAAAAGCACUAACAAAUUUGAAGUAGAGAGAUGGUGACGUUCUUGCUUAUUUGUGCACUAGUAUGAUGGAUUUGUCAAUUUGCAGCUGUCCAUGAUGGUUGGGAUUGGCUGUAACAUUAUCAUACUUUAAAUCGUAAAUUUGGAAGUUGGAACUGUUGUCAUUAUUGUUAGACAUGUUUUCUGUUGAAUGUAUGUCUUCCUUGCAAUCAAACUUAAUAGCUGUUAUGCAUUUGUACUUUUUAUUGCAUAGCAGAGCUAAAUUGUAAAUGUAGGGUGAUAUGUGACACAGUGAAAGCUUUAGUUUUUUGUGUGUGGAGUAUAUGGCUUUCCUCAUGAGAUGGAGAACUAGAAUGGAAGUCAAGCUUGAAUGUAAGGAUAAUAUUGAGGUGCUAACUGAUGCUCUCAUCCAAGUUUCAAAUUUAUUUGAUCCAUUUGCGUCUCUUUUUUCUCUUUUGGUUUGGAUAAUGUAAGUAGUAUGAUUGCACUUCUGAACUUUGUUGCUAAUUAUAGUUUCAAAUCUUUCUCUUCUUGCGAUAA